AAGCCAGUGGAGGGAUUGGCAGAGGGGGGUGGCGGAAACGGAGCGGUUGGAAAGGUGAAUGAGUCUGGCAGCCGUAUUCAGGAUGGACUGAAGCGGGAUAGCCUGCUGUGAGGCAGGCCAGUGAGGAGGGAGUUGCAGUAGUCGAGUCGUGAUAUGAUGAGGGAGUGGAUGAGCUGUUUAGUGGUUUCUGGGGUUAGGAACGUGCAGAUUUUGGCGAUGUUGCGGAGGCGGAGUCUGCACGAGUUUGUUAAAGAUUGGACUUGGGGUUGAAAGGAUAGGUUGGAGUCCAGAAUGACACCAAGUACUCUGGCCUGCGGGGCGGGUCUGAUGGUGGGGUUGUUGGAUGUGACGGAGAAGUCAAUGGGGGGUGGGGUCCGGGCUGGGGGGAAGACAAGAAACUUGGUUUUGGAGAGGUUCAAUUUAAGGAAGUGGAGCGACAUCCAGUCUGAUAUGUCGCUCAGUAGGUGUGUGAUUCGGGCUGAGAUC